CUCAAAAACCCUUUUAAUCUUCAUCUUCCUCGUUAGAUCUAAAAAAUCACCAUUUCUUUCCUCCGUAUAAACCCUUUUUAAAUCUCAUCAUCCUCCUUCUCAGAUCUGUUUCGCUUAAGUUGGAAAAAAGUUCUUCAUAUUGGAGCGUUUCGAUCUCCUCCUUGGGAUCUUGCUCGUUUUUUUAUCUUAGCGUUUAGUGGUGUUUAAUAAUAUGACGACGCCUUAUCCUGGAGCGAUGCAGGUGGGUUCGUACUUCGUGGGACAGUACUAUCAAGUGUUGCAGAAGCAGCCUGAUCGUAUUCACCAGUUUUACUCUGAGAGUAGCAAAGCUAUUCGCGUUGAUGGUGAUUCGAGCGAGACAGCUGAUACUUUGCUGAAUAUUCACAACAUGGUCAUGUCACUGAACUUCACUGCCAUCGAAGUGAAGACCAUCAAUUCAGUUGAGUCCUGGGAAGGUGGUGUUCUCGUGGCUGUUUCAGGCUCUGUGAAAACAAAGGAGUUUAGCAACAGGAGGAGUUUCAUGCAGACUUUCUUUCUUGCUCCUCAGGAGAAGGGUUACUUUGUUCUCAAUGAUAUUUUCCAGUUCAUCGAUGAGGGAACUGUCUCCUAUCAUCAGCCUUCUUAUUUGUCUGAGAGCAAGGGAGACGAGGCUCAGUUCAAUCCUCCAAACCCUCAUCCAGAAGAACCCCAAGUUCCUGACUAUGCGUUGGAGCAAGAGGCAAGAGAGUAUGUGAAUGCUGUCCAGAUCAAAGAUGAUCUUGUGGAUGAGUACAGUCUGCAAGAGGACCAACAUCGUGAAGACUACGAGGAUGAAGUUGAGGUUGAUGAAACACCUAGGGAGGAAGUUGUGGUUGAUGUGGUUCACGAACCACGGGCUGCACCACCAGAGGAACCUGUUGGUGAAAAGUCGAAGAUGAGUUAUGCGUCAAUUCUACGUGUUGCAAAGGAAGCAGCUGCUGUGCCUGUUGUUUCUACACAACCAUCAUAUAACAAGAACUCUCAAGAGACUAAUGAGUGGGAUCAACCUCAGGUGGCUGCGCCUCUGGCCCCUGCUCAGCAAUCAAACGCUUCUUCCGCGUAUGUUUCCGACUAUGGAGCAGAAGCGGAAAAUGAAUUUGAAGACUCUGAGAUGAAAUCAGUGUACGUUAGGAAUUUACCUUCCGACAUAUCUGCUUCUGAAAUCGAGGAAGAGUUUAAGAACUUUGGUAAAAUCAAGCCUGAUGGUGUUUUCCUCAGAACCCGCAAGGAUGUUGUUGGCGUUUGCUACGCCUUUGUUGAGUUUGAGGACAUGACUUCCGUCGAAAAUGCUAUUAAGGCUUCUCCUAUAUACUUUGGUGGGAGACAAGUAUACAUUGAGGGACGAAGACCUAAUCCCGCUGGUGUUCGUGGAGCAAGAAGAGGAGGACGUGGAAGGGGUGGAUACCCAACAGAAGCACCAAGAGGGCGGUUCGGUUCUUCCCGUGUGUCCGGGAGAGGAAACCAGGAUGGAGGUGGUGACUAUAGGCCAAGAGGCAACGGUUACAACCGUGCUGGCCGCUAAGGAACAAAGGAAAAGCAGCAGUUGAAUCUCUCUUCUAUAAGUUUUAUAACCAAGAAUGAAAUGAUUCAGAGGUUUGGUUUUUGGUUCACAGAAACAGAGAUUUUGGUUUAUACAUGUUUUCUUUUAAUGUGUUAGAUAUAAUAUGUUUAGGGCCUGGACUCUCUUACACCCUUCCUUUGAUAAUGGCUUUGGUUAUGUAACAUUCCAAUUUUUUUUUUGUUUUUCCUUCACAUCAUUGGUUUGAAUUCGAAACUUCAGUGUGCUGCUUUUUCUGUCUUUUAGUUAAACUGUUUUGUCCAACUCUUGAGAGUUUGAGAAAAAAUGCAUUUUCAA